AUGGGGGCUAAGAUCGCGCUGGUGCUCGCGGUGGAGCGGCCUGAGUAUGAAACUCCACGCAUGAUACUCCCAAGACCGAAGACGGCGUUGAUCCAGCGUCGGAAGGUCAAGGCGACCGUGGAUAAGUCGCCGUCGGAGAUUCGACCGUUGGAUCUAGCAUCUGUCGCAAGUGAGGAGCCGGAUCUGUCGUCUAUUGCAGACGAAGACUCUAUAUUGCAUGUUGUAACGGUCAAUAAGGCGCUAGAAGAUUUCGAUCAAGCAACGGCAGACAUAUGGGCGACUAAUCCGUUGGUGAGGAAACUACAGACAUGGAAGGAAUGCGAGAAAAGGAUGACCGAGAUGAAUUUGAGGGCGUCAGUCAGGAUCAACUACAUUCGGGAGGCCAAGAUCAAGGAACAUCUGCGCCGCAUCUAUGUUGCAAAAAUGGACGUGGAUCCAUCACCUGUUGUCGAAGAUCAACCAGGCACAUCGGAUCUAGACCUUACUUGGGAUUCAGAUCAGGAUUAUGAUGAGUGCGUGUACUACCAUGAAGGAAAUGCCGAAGACGUCGAUGAUCAGAUGGCGGUAUUGCCGGAAGUGCCUGUGACGACGGAAGAUGUGUGGAUCAAAGCCAUUCAGCUAUGCGAAUCUGAUAAUCAGACCCCAGAAGAAAUUGAUCGGCUUUGUCAAAGGAUCUGGAAGUUCCGACAUCUCUUGAUCGGCAAGGGAAAUGCUCUUCCGCCGGCAGCUAGAGGUGUGGUGUGCGAUAUCGAUGUCGGGGGAGCGAGCCCUAUCGCCCUCAAGUGUCGUAAGUUGCGGAUCCAGUUCAGGGAGAAGCUGGCGGACUUGAUCAAGGGUCUAUUGUCUGCCAAGAUAAUCAACUACUCUAGAUCCCCGUGGGCUUCCCCGAUCGCGGUGAUCAUCAAGAAGAACGGAGUGGAUAUCAUGCUAUGCAUUGAUUAUCGGUUGGUUAACAGCCUAACUCAACUGAUGAUCUAA